GCAAUUGGCAACCACGAUAGCGUGGUCACUAGACACGCGUGGCAGUGUUCUAUUGGUUCCAAGGGUUUCCAUGGUAUAUAUAUGACCGUCAUGGUGGUGAUUAUGUCUCGGAGAAGGAGCAGAUACCUCAAAUAACUCAUAUCGCGUCAUGGUUCCGUGACUGACGAACCACCAAACUGACAAGCUUAUGACGGGGCCUCCGAGUGGGAUGGAUAGCUGACCAUCGUUCCUCGCUGCUCGUCGUUGCCGGUCGAUCUCGACCGACGGACGGGGAAGCGCAUGGCCGCCCUGAUGGUUGCCUCAGGCCACACUGGCGUCUCCCUCCGCCCCCUCCAUAUGAUCAUGUUCUUGAAUGCUUGGUGGUAUCGGCCUUUAUUCGUUGGGAUCCUGGCCCCUCUCUUGUUAGGGGGCUUGGGUCGCUACGGUGGAGGCCGUGGCUUGGCUUGGCUUCGAGCUCUUUGCUUUCCCUGUCCUGGGGUUCUGGUCAGUGCUUGUCCUAGAGCUCCGAGCGGCACUCGGCUCAGAGCCCUGGUCAGCUGUUGGGGCCUGCAUAUAGGGCCGAGCUUCGAAUCAGGCCGGUAUCUCAUGGUAAUGGGGGCUGACGCGGAGCAACUUCUUCACUUGGUCCGCCGCAACUUUCCGCACGGGGCACUUCAGGCUUCUCGCCUGAUAAGCACUCUUGCAUUCAUGCACUUUUCCAUCACUGUUUAUAUUCCUUCUUGCAGGACUGGCUGGUAUCUCAUGCUUCGGACUCCUAGGUAAAUUUAUAGUAAGUUACGAGUAAUUGGCAAAAUUGAGCCGAAAAGGGCUUGGGUUUAA